GCACCUUGUUUUUGGUCUUCUUUCUCUCUCUUUAUCAUCACUUUGAAAGGAAGACCUAGUUGAAGCUUCUAUCUCUCCCCAUCUAUACAUAUAUCUUUAUAUCGUCCUCAGAAAUUCUGAAGUUGAAGAGUUUUCUGAUGAUCAACAUCAUGGAAGGAACAUAGGCUUCAGGAAUCUCCAGCAUCAAUGAAUGAAGCAAAUGAUAGAGAUGGAAGAUGAAGAAAAGAGGGGUGGAAGUGAUCAACAAGCUGAGAACUCAUCUGCUGCAAUGUCCAUCUCUUCCCAGAAAUGUUCAUCCUUUGACUUGAAUGAAGAAGCUAGCAGCGAAGAGGAUUAUCAUUAUUAUAAGAUUAAUGGCAAAGGAGAAGAUGAUGAGAUCGAGAAGAGGAACGAAGGGAGUUCCGGCGACAUGGGAGAGAAAGAUAAUGAUAAAAGAACAGUAAGGCAAUAUGUUAGGUCGAAAUUGCCUCGGCUUCAAUGGACUCCUGAUCUUCAUCUCUCCUUCUUACACGCUGUCGAAAGGCUCGGUGGCCAAGAGAGAGCAACUCCAAAGUUAGUUCUUCGAUUGAUGAAUGUGAAGGGACUUAGCAUUGCCAAUGUAAAAAGUCAUUUGCAGAUGUAUCGAAGUAAGAAACUUGGUGAAGUUGGACAAGUUUUGAGCCAAAGAAAUAGAGGAAAUCAAGGAAGGGAUGAAAAAUUGUUGCAGCAUUUCAGAAUGGAAAAUGGUGGAUUUGUUUUAGCCAGAGACUCUCCUUGCUACCAACCGCCAUUAGAUCUCAAAGCUACUUUUCCAAGGCACAAGACAAACCGAAUUCAUGGAAUGGAUACGAGCAUGCGAAUUGGAGCGAUGAAAACUUGGCGAUCACUUGAUGGGAAGAGGUGGCAUCCUUUUGAAACCACAGGUGAUAGAUGGAGGUUUAAUGGCAGCUUUGCUGACAUGUUCUCGCAAUCUCCAUCACAAUAUUUUUGCAGAAGACCAGUCUCAGAUGGAAGAGGCUACUUCAUAUGGCCAACUGAAGGACACAAGAAAGUUGGGGCGCCUGAAAAUCACGAUACCUUGAGCAACUUCGAUAGAUGUCGCACGGAGCUCGAGACCCCGUUUUUGCUUGAGUUGAAGCAGGAUAAAAAGCUGAAAGACAGGGACUGGUUGCCGGAUCUGCAGUUAAGGCUAAGCCAAAUAACUGGAAUUGAAGGUGAGACGAAGACCCAUUGCAAAGACCCCCAGGAAAUCAGCACCCACCUCUCACUUUCAUAACAUCAAAAUUUACCCAGGCUAUAAUCAAGUAAAAAAGAAAUGGUUCAAAAGAAUUGCCCUAAACGAAUAUAUAUGUUGGAGUACACGCAUACACAGAUUAAUAAAAAAGUUGUAGACCAGGCAGAAAGAGGGUGAGUACUUGGGGAAGGAU